GACCCUGCUGAGUUCAGCGAACGGUUGGUGUGCAACUAUGCUUCCGGACAAAGCAGCGCAAGCAACGUGCAAUCGCUAGCAGCCAGCGCUAUGACAUGGUGUACUUCUGUGGGAGGCCAAGUUCCGAAGCACGAUCUUGUUGGAAAGUUAUCGAAGCUUGGUGCUGCCGGCAAACAUCCCCAGAACGCUGAGCGUGAUUUGCAACGGGCCAUAAAGAAGUAUGGCAAAUGUGUUGGAGUUCGAAUCAGCUCUGCAAGCGUGCGAAUGUACGAUCCAAGUACAUCGGAGAUCUACACCACUGCCCUACCAAUCCUUGACCCUGUUUCAUGGGCAACAGCUGUCUGGAAAGAAGGACAGGACGUAUUUGAGUCAAUUUUUCUGGGGAAUGCUGGCAGGGAGGGGGCUAGACGAUUCUGGCUGAAUGCCAAAGAGAACUGCAGCUGGUUCAAAGAUGACACAAUUCCUCCCGAAGAUUUCUCUGGGUUAUUGCCACUAAACUUGUAUGGCGACGAUGUCCAGGCGUUCCGGAAUUCCGAGCCAGGGGCAGUAUCAAUCGUUGGUUGGGGGUGUGACCUUUCAUACGAGAACGAUGCCAUGCUUCAAACUUUCUUGACAGCAGUCUACUCAGAGUACUGCGCGUGCGGGCACACCUAUAAUGACAUCCUUGAGCACUUGCUGCCUAUGCUACAGCAUAUGGCAGACCCAGCUGCUGGGCAUCCGUGGCAGGCAGCAGGCUUUCGCUUCAUCUUUGCAGGCGUGCGUGGAGACCUCAAAUGGCUGAAUGAAAAGUACAAAAUCCACCAUUACCAACGCAUCUCGGAUGAGUUCUGCAGCAGAUGCAAGGCUAGCAAGAAAGCUGAUGAUAUCAGAUGGACCAUGUUUGAUUUUCGGCCUACCUCCUUGCACAGAACAGUGGGCAGGAUCUCGAGUGAACAAUACAUGGACUCCAAGGCUCUGGAAGAACUUCCGCUGCCCAUGCUUUUUGGCGUGGACAUCUCUCGCUUUGUGCACGAUACAGUUCUCAACGGCAGUGUGCUCACCUAUCUAGCAGAAUCCGGCGAAUUUUGCAACUUUCCAACUGGUAUCUACGAAUCCGCGCUUGGAACCACGUUGCGUGCGGCUUAUGCUAGGUUCAAGGUUUGGCUUAGAGAGGAGCACCUUCAGGCCACACAGCCCCGAUUCACCCCAUCUCGUUUGAACCGCAAGCACAGGGGUAUGUUCCCGUGUCUGGCAAGCAAAGCUAUUAACGGGAAACGAGUGUCGUUCUGGCUGGCGAGCCGCUGCGUUGCUAGAGUCGAGCGUUUGGGUGGUGCUUGCACGGAGCUUGACAAGCUGGUUACUACAACCAUCUGGUCCUAUUGUGCCUUGCUUCGGCACUUUGAUCAGUGUAGUGUAGUGAUGACGCAAGCAGAGGCCCAGCUCAUGCACCGAGAUGGUAUGCUACAUCUACUGUCGUACGCCAAUUUGCGCAAGCGAAGCGCAGCAACAAAAGGUAGAACACUGAACCGAACUUGCUGGUCAGUUUUACCAAAACACCAUCAUCUUCAGCAUGCGCUCGAUGAUGCCCUCACCACCCUCAUCAACCCAGGAACUUAUCACUUGUUGGCCGCUGAGUCUUUCGUUGGGGCCAUCGGCCGGAUGAGUCGGACAUGUCACAGAUCCACUGUGGCGUUCAGAACGAUCCAGCGGUAUUUGACUGUCAUGAGGCUGCGCCUGACUAAGCAAGCUGAGGCGCUGAGACAUGCUGCGCAGCACGGUCCAUAG